AUGCAGGACUGUCCUGUAAUUACACCUCCUGAGAAUGUUGCAAAUGAAAGUAUCGGUGCGGAGUCACAAACGGAAGAUGUGACUGGAAGAGGAAUCAAUCCAGAUGAAGUAAAUUUAUCACUUUCUGAUGAAAGCAUGGUCAUUUGGAGAAGGCUAGCAGGCGAAAUCGCCGCUAGAAAAAGAUCCUCAUUUUCAUGCCCUUGGUGA